GUGUCACAUGAUUCUGUCUUGUCACGUGACCCCGUCGGAAGUUGCCUGACUGUGCUGCUCGCGAGCGACUGGAUGCUUGUAAACAUGCGGUAACCGGAGAGGAACCCUUCAAUGAACCACUGAGGGCCAAAACAAGCCUGUUAAACAGACUCGGUCCCGUUGUGCUGUGAAUUAAACCGGGGAUUUAAUGCCGACAGCCUCUGCGCGUGAUUUUAAACCGCUGACAUGGCCGAGGUGGACGUGAAUAAAGUCAAUCAUAUUUCCUCCGAAGAGGAUAGGCUACUGUUUCCGGUAAUGGGCUACGGUUCGAAUGACUGCAGGGAUGAGUAUACCAACCCCAGGCCAUCCCCGGUAACAUGUGGCUGUAUAGGUGAUGACAAAGAAGAGGAAGCGUUGUGCAGGAAGUUAAAGUAUUUCUUCAUGAGUCCCUGUGAAAAGUACAGAGCCAAAGGCCGAAAACCUUUUAAACUGGUGUUGCAAAUACUGAAGAUUAUUAUAGUAACUGUACAGCUGGUACUUUUUGGCUUAAGCAAUGAGAUGGCGGUGACGUUUAAAGAGGAAAACACAGCUUCAUUUAAACACCUUUUUCUCAAAGACUACGAUGAUUCAAAUGAUGCACUUGCUGUUUACACACAGAGCGAUGUUUAUGACCACAUGUUUUACACAAUAGAACAGUACCUGGCUUUGCCGGAGACGACAGUGGGCCGUUAUGCAUAUGUGUAUAAUGUCGGUGUGAACGGAAGUGCGCUGUCUUUGUGUCAGCAGUAUUAUAAAAAAGGCAGGAUCGACCCAGCUAACGACACCUUCAACAUCGAUCCGCAUGUGAUCACAGACUGUAUUGGAGUGAACCCUUUGUCCACUCCCACAGCAGGUCUGGGCCGUGAUUACAGGAACUUCACCCUCAAGUUUCACAAGCUCAUUAAUGUCACCAUACAGUUCCAGCUGAAGGCUAUAAAUCUUCAGACCAUCAUCCACAAUGAAAUUCCUGACUGUUACACGUUCUUUAUCACGAUUCUGCUGGAUAACAAAGCCCACAGUGGUAAAGUUAAGAUCAGUCUUGAUAAUCAGGCCUCCAUUAAGGAAUGCAGAGACCCCAGUGUGUCUGGACACGCUGAUAGUUAUGCUCGUGUGUGGUUUGAUGUGGCCGUUAUAGUGGUUUGUAUUCUCUCUCUGCUCCUCUGCGGUCGCUCGAUCAUCAGAGGAAUCAUUCUUCAAAAUGAGUUUGUGAAGUACUUUAGGAGAUCUCUGAAGCGUGAUGUCUGUUGGGGAGACAGAAUGGAGUUUAUUAACGGAUGGUAUAUUCUGCUCAUCAUUAGCGACAUGCUCACUAUCACAGGCUCCAUUAUCAAGAUUGGCAUUGAGCUAAAGAACCUCUCAUCCUACGAUGAGUGCGGGAUCCUCCUGGGCACCUCGACGUUAUUGGUUUGGGUUGGAGUUAUUCGCUACCUCACCUUUUUUCAGAAGUACAAUAUUCUCAUUGUCACUUUACGAGCUGCGUUCCCUAAUGUGAUCCGUUUCUGUUGCUGUGUGGCGGUGAUCUACUUCGGUUAUUGCUUCUGUGGGUGGAUUGUGCUGGGACCCUACCAUGUUAAGUUCCGCUCUCUCUCGCUGGUGUCCGAGUGUCUGUUCUCUCUGAUCAAUGGAGAUGACAUGUUUGUGACCUUCAGUGGCAUGCAAGAGAGCAGCAUGCUCGUCUGGGUCUUCAGUCAGGUUUACCUCUACACAUUCAUCUCCCUGUUCAUUUACAUGGUGCUCUCUCUCUUUAUCGCUCUUAUCACUGGAGCUUAUGAGACCAUCAAGCAUCAAACUCAGGAGCCUUUCCAUAUCACUGAUCUGCAUGCGUUCAUCGCUGAGUGCACUGACACACCCAGCUCUGGAAAGUUCCGCGGCAUCGAGACCUCGCCGUGCUCUUUCUUCUGCUGCUGUGACAGGACCACCACAUAUGAGGACGUUCUCCUGGUCAACUAGUAAAGUCUUGGGACUUGAUGCCUGAAGACUAAACCUCCCUCUGCUGGUCAUACUGUGGUACUGCAACAGGAAGGAAGCCAGUGGCAAUGAGAGGACACCUCCAGACAAAAUACCCAAGAAGUCACAGUCGCUUCACUUCGGACCUUAUGAGGAGAAGAGCACAUAUGAUUUUUACAAAAGAAUCGCUCCAGUCUGUGAUCUUUUACGUUUUACCUCAGCUUAUUCAUAGUUUUAACUUAAUUUUGGAGGUUGCUAAAGGCAGCCCAGCACUGUCUCUUAAUCUAUACUGAUAAAAACACUCAGACAUUUAGAAUUGGGAGAAUAUUAGACGGAUAACAAACUGCACACGUGCAGGCGAUAUGUACAGUAAUCAUUCCCUGAAUGUUGAUCCCACAUGUUCGUUUAGUGCACGUGCUGUGAUGUGCAAGUGGGUCAUCAGUCGCCAAUACAGGGAGACAGUGGUCAGUGAUUCAUAACUAUUGCUGUUUGUUCUGUUAAUAUAGUUCUUAUGUCUUUGAGUAACGUCUAGUCAUGUGUAACGUCUGAAUCAGAAGGAGACUGAACUGGCAGGCCUAAGCAUUUUGCUGCAGCAAAAGAUGAGGAGAACAUGUGAUUAAACAUCUUGUUCAGCAUUUAGAGCAGAAACAGCUCUCCCUGGUGUCAUAAUAUCAUCUCCACUUACCCAUAACAAAAAUACAUGCUCUGCUAGAACGAAUUCACACCCAGAAUGCCUCAGAAACGUAGCCUUAACACUUUUCUGGUGCGUAGAGCUGGCUGUAAUUUGGAAUGUAAUAUCUCAUUGGUGAAUAGGAUGACUUUGAGUUGCUUUUAUGUAUUUUUUAUGAACUUUUUACCAGUAAUGACACCUCCAUUAUUUUAUUCCAUACUGAUUCAAUUUUGUUUUAUAUGCAAAUGGAAUCGAAUGCAUACUGUAACGUGAAAUCUUAUUUUAUAAAUGAUAUUAGACAGCCUUAACCUUGAUGAUUUAGUAUUUUAUAGAGAAAUACAGACUUUUACGGCCUUCCUUCAUCAGCUUUGUUUUAAAACCGAGGCCUUCAAGAACGCUAUUACAAGAUUACUGACGAGGUCAUAGUGUUCUGUUACCGUGGUGACAUAGAACAAUAGAACUCAUCAAAAAUGCUUGACCCAUGCAUGACUCUCACUUCAGAGGACAAACAAGCCUAAUUUGAGCUUUUCCAUUAUACUUGACUGAUAAGAGAAGGAAGCAUAAAUAUUUGAAUUCUGGGGUCUGUACAAGUCAUUAACUCAAGUACAGAAUAAGUGGGACCAAUCAUAUUUUGAUUUGAUUUUCCUAUCAUUACAUCUAUGUUAUUUUAAUGUGUGAUUCAAUCAUGUUGUAGUGUAGUGUUUUAUUUAUAUUGUGUUGGCUCUGAUGCCUUUCUGUUUCAAAUUAAUUUAAAGCGCACAAUCUGCAAACAGACCACACUUUCUAUUACUAACAUGUGAAGCUACACAGUGAUGUUGUUCAGUAAAGUCACUUCACGUGUUGUCAGAUGUAUACCUGAAAUAUUUCAUAUUAGCCUGAUAAAUUGUUUUUUAUUUUUAUUUUAUGUUUUGUAAUGGAAAACUUGUGCAAAUACUUUGCUUUGACAAUGGCAGCACAAACAGUAUGUAGAUCAAAUGAUGUAGAAUAAUCUAAUGCCUUUUCAAAGUGGAGGGUUUUUCUUUUAUUUGUUUUAAACACUUGUACAAGUGUCAUUGCACAUUCUGUCCAAAAUUUGGUUUUGACAGGGUCGUAUUUUUAUGUUCACAUGUAUUUGUUCAAUACAGAGAUUUUCUAAAGUCUUUAUAAUAUAGACACUUUUCCUUUUCCUGUUGUUGUUCCACAUUAGAGUCAAUUAGAAAACACUUUUUAAAACUGUAUUGACUGCCACUCAUGUUCAUAUUUUAUCUUACUAUACCAUAUGACCACUAGGUGGUACAAACAGAGCAUUUUACUACAAAUCUGAGCACUUUCAACUGAAAGUGGUGUCUGUGGCACCUAAAUUGCACUUGUAAAAUAUGAAAGUUGCCUAUUUAGCCAAUAUUUGUGUAUGUGUAAGAGGGAAGUUUGUAGGCAUGUUUGAAUAGCUGGUCUAAACAGGUGCGCUAGCCAAUGCACAUUGUUUGAGUUGGCUAUCUGAAACCACAGAAAGAGAUUACACGUGCUGUUCAAACAGAGCAACCCCCUCAGAUGCUGAUCUCAGACCUGAGGCUAUUCUAUAAAGGCCGGCUUUCCUAUUCUCAAUCUGCGGUGGGACUCUGAAUAUGAGCCACACCCAGCUAUUCAAACAGAAUGAGUUAAAAGGAAGAGAUUUAAUUUAACCACCUCAAUAAGCUCAUUGUUAUCAUAUACAGGCAGGUUUUACAGCACUAUAACAAGAUCAUCUUCUGAGGCUUCAUUUUGACUGAUUUCUUAAAAUAUUUCUGUGACGGUGUCUAAUGUGCUUAGAUGUUCACAAUAUCUUACUUAUAUUUUACGUUAACCUUAUCGUAGGGGUGAGGAUAGCAAAUGCCAGAAAUAUGCGCCUUAAAAUGGUAGAGGAUCAUUAAUAAUGCUAAUAUAAUGUUGAAGUCACGUGACCAGCUGUAUCAUAAAAUUAACUAGUUGGUAGCCUAUUUACCAGACUUGUGCGCCUUAAAAUGGUAGAGGAUCAUUAAUAGUGGUGCUAUAUGAUUGGCUCCACCCAUAGAUUCAAAUUUGCAUAUUAAAGAGGAAGCUGAUCUUAAAAACUAGACAAAAAGAGCAAUGUAGUAUAGAACAGUGCACAGCUGCAGGCCUGAGAAGAAUCACUUUACUUGUGAUGGGGAAGAGACUGGGAUAUUGCUUCUUUUACGAAGUUUUCUAUGUUCCUCUUAUGUAUGUAAACAAAAAUCAAGUAUCGCUCGUCCAUCAAUGACCCUUUCUGUGUUUAACAGAAUGUUUGCAUGAGUAUUUUUCUCUGCCUGAACGCUACUUUUAGUCUUUGAAUGCACUAUUUUAGCUUUAGGAAAACAGCUUUUUUACGGGCAAUUCAAUCCUAACUCUCUUUCUCUUCUGCUAUUAAAGGAAAUACAUAUUCAUAAGGGAGUGAAAUUAUUGUAAACAAUUUUCUCAAGCACACAUGUGUCCAUGUAUCAUCUUUUUUUAUUUAUUUCCAAAUUAUCAAUCACACUUGCACAAAGAUUAGAGCAAAAA